AUGGCAAAAUCUACAGGCUAUUCAUUCAGCACAUUGAUGGUAAAAUCUACAGCCUAUUCACUCGGCACAUUGAUGGCUAUAUCUACAUGCUAUUCCCAUGGCACAUUGAUGGCAAAAUCUACAGCCUAUUCACUCGCUACAUUGAUGGCAAAAUCUACAGCCUAUUCACAUGGCACAUUGAUGGCAAAAUCUACAGGCUAUUCACUAGCUACAUUGAUGGCAAAAUCUACAGGCUAUUCACUCGCUACAUUGAUGGCAAAAUCUACAGAGUAUUCGCUUGGCACAUUAAUGGCAAAAUCGACAGCCUAUUCACUCGGCAUUGAUGGUAAAAUCUACAUCCUAUUCAUGGGCAUAUUUAUGGUAAAUAUGAACAUAGGUCAGUGCUAUGCCAGCAUUGUCCCAUCGUCCAGUAGAUAUCGCCUUUCAACUACAAAUCUCAUGAUCUUCAGCCUGCAUUUAGAUGGAUACUAG